AUGUCACGACGCAUAAGUCAUUCAUAUCCCAUGGGUGAUCUGGGAUGCAAAAAUCAAAUCAAAAUAGCACCUGACAAUGACAAGGCGUGUGAGAAGAUCAUGCAAGCUAGAGCCUUACUACUUCCUGAUUUUUCUUUAGAUGGCGAGCUGAGAAGAUUCAUACAAAUGUAUCCAGAUCUGGACCCAUGCACGGACAUGAAGGAAGUUGUUCUUAAUCAGUGGCAACCAAAUAAUAAGCCAUGGAGAAUCGGCAUCACAUGCUGCAUCGAGCUUCAGCACCAUCAUGAGAGAUGGCUAUCAAAAUUUCCUUUCACAGUCAAUGACGUACUAUAUUGUUACAAUGAUGCCUGGUCAGCCUCAAGGUUUUAUGUCAUCGGACAAGGGCCACAAGGCAAACCAAACAGGAAAUUUAUAGGUCCUUUCUAUUCUGGAGCUUCUCGUCCACUCAAAGACGUUGAUCGAAUCCCAUAUGAAAUUAAGAGUAUUCGAAAAUUACUUGGCACCCAUCAAAGCGAACGUGGAUGGAAUCUUCCGAGGAGUCAUCGAUGCCAUCUUUUAAGUUUUCCAAAAGAAAUUUUGACCUUGAUCUUUGCCUAUACACUCGUUGCUGAAGGCGGAGCGGUUGUUACUCCGGCAGUAGUGACUUCUAACUGGGAUGAAUCAUACUCUGAAGCAGAUUAUCGAAUUUCUUUCCCAGAUUCACCUCAUUAUAAACAGAGUGGUUCGGAUGUGGUUCUUCGCAAGAACAUAGGUCCUAGACCCGGCAUUCCUGACUCAUCUCCGUACGUCGAGCUUACAAGAGUUCUUCGCCCUCUUAUAGAUGCCACAUGUCUCCGUUCCUGCAAGUACAUAUGGAAGCUUGGAUCACAAAUGUUAUAUGCAGAUAACGCAUACAGCUUCAAGAUGAACGGUACGGAAAUUACUGACUGUCCACCUUCUUUGAUAUUCGAGGGCGGCGACUACCACCGGCCAAGUCCCGAAAAACCUACCUUAUCCCAAGAGGGUAUCUCGGACGGUUCAACAGACAAAGAUUUGUCGGCUAGAGAAUAUGAAUCUAAAAUCGAACGUGUCAUCAAUCAACUUGAGAGACGCGUCCCAAUUCUUGAGUUGGAGGGCUGGGCUUAUUACGAUCCAUUCAUCCGAUUUCUCUACACAAUCGGACCGCAAAAUAGAGCUUCAAUUCGCACUUUAAGAUUCACGGGCGCUCCAAAAACCCAUGUGCGAGAAGCCCACGGGCGUAAAGAAACUUGUGUUAGAUAUGGAUAUGGAUUGUUGCAUAUACAUGGCAGUGUAGGAAAUGUUAUAAGGAGCUUCGAUGAAGUCUUGAUACCGUUUUUGGGCGAACUUGAGAAACUUCAGACAGUUCGCGAUCUGGUGAUGAGACGGAGAAUAUUAAUCUAUCCAAAGGACAGAUUCGAUAGAAGAACCCUCUAUGAGGAUAUUGACUAUGCCAAAGAUACGAUCAAUUCUCUUCGGAAUAGGGUCGAAAACAACGUAUGA